AUGUUGAUCCAGUGGUUACUCCAGUGGUUGAUCCAGAUGUUGAUCCUGUUGUUAAUCCAGUGGUUGAUCCAGAUACUGAUCCAGUGGUUGAUCCAGUGGUUGAUCCAGUGGUUGAUCCAGUGGUUGAUCCAGUUGUUGAUGGUCUGCUUGUUUUGCAGUGACUUGAAGAAUAAGAUUGAGAAGGAGGACACGAAGCGAGAGUUGUUGGGUUCUCAGAGUAAACUGUCGGACUCGAUGUGUAUCCGUUGCCUUCAACCAUUCAAGUUCCUGGUCAACAGUAAACGUCAGUGUCUCGACUGUCACAUGUACACGUGUAAAUCCUGCAGCCGCUACAACAAGAAGGAGCACGGCUGGGUGUGUGACAACUGCCGCAUGACCAGGGUGUUGAAGAUUGGCACCGUUGGCUGGUACCAUGACAACGUCAGAAACCGAUUCAAACGCUUUGGCAGCGCCAAGGUCAUGAGGUCAUUGUACAAGAGGCUGAAUGGGGACGGUGGUCGUGAUGAUGACACGCAGAGUAUGCCAGACGUCCGCAACUACAUGUACAACGUUAACGAGGACGACCAUGGCGAGUCUGAGGCUCAGCGCUACAAAGUGAUGAGGAAAAGUAAACGUCUGCUGUCGGUUCAUCCGCUUGACUUUGACUCUGAGGAAUAUUUUCCUCAUUCACGACGAGCGUCUGUACAGAUGCAGGAAGAUCGAUUUUACAGGAAUGAUGUCGACUAUGAUACGUACAGUCAACGUGGCAACCGCAGAAAGAGUCUGGAUCGGUACGCCAUGAGGCCCGAGGACAAUGGGGAGAGGAUGGUGCGAACUCGUUCGCUGUCCAAGAUCAGUUCGUCGGUUGCUAGGCAACAGUACGUCGAUACCUCUGAUGAGGAUGAGUACCAGAGGUACCCCCCCCCCAUGUACCAGCAGCCCCCCCACCGCCGCAGGAACAGCAGAGCAUCAUCUCAGGAGAACCUGGGACAAGCCCCGCCUAUAAACGAGCUGAGCAAACGCAUGUCGGCCAUCGAGAGUCUGUUGAGUCGUCUGGAGGAGAAGAUGACGCCCGGCGACGAGGCAUCCACUCCAUCCACUCAGAACGAGGAGGAGAAGCUGCGGAGGAAGUUGAGUGAGUUGGCGGGAAACCUGAGCGAUAAGGGCGUGUCAUCGGACGACGAGAAGAAGCCCUUCUCUCUGGGUAAAGGUUCUGCCGGCGCCCGUGGCGCUGCCGUGACGCUGGAUUCUCUGAAGGUCAAAGAACUGAGCUCGUCCAGUGACGAGGUCCCGACUGAGGCUCAGAAGGUAG